AUGCGCGUCACUCGCGCCGCGCAACGCGCCCAGCAAGACAACGAGGAGCCAGUCGAAGCUCCAGAGCUCGAUGGACGCGUCCUAAAAGACAUUGAGCCGAACGUAUCGUCCACAGCGCAAGCCGAAGAGCCACUCCCGGCGAAGACUCCAGCAAAGACACCCGCAAAGAAGGGCAAGGGCAGAGGCGCAAAGAAGAGCGCAAAAGUGAAGAACGCAAAGACCGAAGAAGACGAGCUCGCGCAAUUCGUCGAAGGAGCUGAGCACCAAGCAGCUGCUAGCCCCGAAGACAGGGAGGCAGACCAAGACCUGCAAUUGGAGCACAAGGAUGAGACAGUUCAAUCACCUGACACUGAAGACGAGUCGAAAGCUCCUCAGACACCAGCAGUCCGACUUACGCGUCGCCAACUAGCAAAACUCGAAGAAGAAGCGCUCAGCAAGUCACGGCGCGCGCCUUCUUCUCCUCCGCCCGAAGAGGCUACGAUCACAAACGCGACAAAAACACCAGCUGUGUACGUCCCAGAAGAGCCUAUCGUCGACUCAAAGCAGGAAGCUGUUGCUGAGAAAGAUGAGGUACCGACUGCGCACGAAAAGCCAACAAACGUCGACCCCGAAUCAGCACCAAAACCAGUGCGUCUGACACGACGUCAGCAAGCAAGGCUUGAGGAGGAGUCGAAACGGUUGCAAGCAGAGCAGCCGCCGCCACAGCCAGAGCGAACUGAAGAAGAGGCUCUUCAGGACAUAGUCACCAAGGCACAGGUGGAGGCAGUCGUGGAACAAGAGAGGGAGAUCUCGGAGGAAUCCGUCGUCCAUGAAGCCAUUAAUAUUGGGGAAGGUGUCGUGCCGGUGGCUGCAGCAGAUGAGCGACCCUGUUCGCCAAAGGAGGUAACAGCAGGGCCGCAAGCAGACGAAGAAAUUGAGGUCGAGGUGCUAGAAAAGAACCAGGUUCUUACCUCUCAAACAUCUGAGGCAGCCAAAGUAGAAGAGAAAUCAACCGACAUAAUAGAAGCGGCGCCAGCGACACCUACAGAAGCUCGGUUUAAGGCAAAGGUUGAUACUCCACUCGACAACACACUGCCUGACGAAGCCACACCGGUGCUCGAAAUCUCGUUGGAAGCAGAACCCAAGAUGCUAACCGCCGAGAAGCCGUUCGAAGUAUCCGUAACUACUCGGAUCAGGAGCCCAACGUCACAUCGACGUGCUUCGCGAAGUCUUUCGAAGUCGCCAAUGCGGCUCGAAGAGUCAAUUUCAGCCAUCGACAGGCUGGAGGAAGACUUGGAGGAUAUUGGCAAGGCUAUUCCUGACUUUGAUCAUACCGACGACGAAAAGCUGCCGCGAAAGCCACAACCUGGAAAGGCUACCGCGACGCCACUUGCACGAGGGAAGACACCAAGCCAAACGCCUGCCAGGACUCCUGCCAGAACAUCUGCGAAGACUGCCACACGUACUCCUGCCAAAGCUACUGGUAAAACUCCGAGCAAGACCCCAGUGAAAGCGCCCACUCUUGCUAAGGCGCCUGCUGCUGCCGAGGCACCUGUUCCAACGAGGAUCUCGAGACUACCAAGCGCAGCUCCAAAAGGCGUCAAACCCACCACGACAUCGCUCGCACGAACGAACAGCGUCCGGACUGCGCCGAACAAAGAUAUCAGGAAGCCCUUAACCGACAGUGCUGACUAUCUGGCGUCUAAGCGUCGCCCCAUCAGCUUGUCCUUUCCCACACCUCCACCUCCACCAAAAGGGAAAGCGCCAACGAAGCCGACAUUCCAAUUGUCUAGCGAUAAUAUCGCAGCAAAACUCAAGGCGCAAAAGGAGGAGCGCCUGAAGCGAGAAACCGAACGCGUGACUGCUCCAAAGCAGCGACCUAUCAGCAUGCCACCACCGGCGAAGUCAACUAAGCCUCCUACAGUGCCGAGCUUCCAACUGCCAGGUGAGGCAACGGCAGCACGGCUCAAGGCACAAAAGGAGGAGCGACUCAAGCGUAUGGAGGAGGCCGGAGGAGCAGAGAAGCCUACCACACGACCCAUUAGCAUGCCUCCGCCACCAAAGUCAACGAAACCACCCACAAAACCAAGCUUCCAGCUCCCAGGCGAAGCAACCGCCGCACGCCUCAAGGCGCAGAAAGAAGAACGCCUGAAGCGCAUGGAAGACGCUGAAGCCGCAAAGAAAGCAGCCGCCGCAGCACCUGUACGGAGGCCCAUGGCCCACCGACCUCGAGAAUCACUACUCGUCAGAGACGCACCAGGCGUCAGCAUUCCGCCUCCAUCCAUUGCCACCGCUGACGCCCCGCAACGCUCGACGUCCCUCGCAAGCAAACGCAGCAGCAUCACCGGACCGUCAGUCUCCCGCUCAACAUCGACCUCCUCUGCGAAGCGCAACAGCCUGCUCUUGACGGCUGGGGCAAGAUCAACAGUGACGCCCGUCGACGCCGCGGCGCUCAAGGUCAAAGGCAAGCAGGUCUUCAAUCGCGACAGGGUGGAGAAGGAAACCGUGGAACGAGAGAGAAAGGAAAAGGAAGAUGCGGCCAAGAGGGCGCGAGCAGAGGCUGCCGAGAGGGGCCGGAUCGCUAGUCGCGAGUGGGCAGAGCGGCAGAGGAAGAAGAUGAUGGGUCAGUGA